CCCUGGUUAAAAAUUCUUCAUCCUGUCAUCAUCCCUUGAAUCCCUUGAAUUACCACCGAAAUGAGCGAACAUCAAUACCAAAGAUUUCGAAAGGGCAACAUCAUUGAAAAAGUUCGUGUCAAAACCACUCUCGUCUCCACCGACAAUGUCAGUAGCUCGCCAUGCUAUGUGAGUGUGCAAGAGGUUCGAGACGCGUUUCCGGAUGCACUGCUGUUCAAAUUGGAUGGGCUUCCCAUCCCUUUCCUUGUAGACGCUGAUGGCAACAGAAUCGAGCCUCUGCGCAUAGGAUUCUACCCUGACAAGGUCCUGGAUAUUGUCACAAAAGUGCUGCAGCCCGGCAACAGCAACAGCAACAGCGAUAGCAACGGCAAUAACAACACCGCUAGUCAGCUGCCUACACCGGAAGAGUCGGCGGAUUUAGCCUCUCAGAAUCGUCUUUUAUCGAUUCACAAUAAUACGCAAGUUGAGGAGAUCCACCCUGACGACCCUAACGUUGAGCAGAUUGUAGAGUUGUUCCUAGAGAUCAAAAAGAAGGAUGAAAGGAUACUUAAACUGCAAGAUGAAAUGAUCAAAAUACAAGGAGGACUCAUAAGGAAGGAUAGCGAGAUACUUAACCUGAAAUUGAGGCCUAAAGAAAAGGACGGGCUGCUCAAACCGGGCGGGGUACUUGAACCGCAACUCGAGGUGCAACCGAAGCUUAAAAAUUUGGAACAUUCAGUCCUCGACAGACUUGUCGCUCUUCAAGAACACGCUAAUGCUAUCUUUACCCAGAACAUUGAUCUACAAGAGUAUCAAAUCCCUCGACUAUUUGUAAUUUUACCUGAUAGCCGCACAGAGUGGAACGCAAAGAAUCUAUUGAGUAACCAGUUCCGCCUCCAUUUUCUGUGUGAAGAUGGGGAUCGUACCGUCCAGACAAGUCAGAGCGGUCAGAACCAGGUGCAUAUUACUGAACAUGAAGGAUAUGAGAUCAGAAGCAGCACGGAAUUCUUCCGCAAGUACGGAAAGCACAUGCUCGUCCUUUUACAGUGGCUCAAGUUGUCAACAUCCUCGUCUUCUCUGAUCGAUGCUAUUGAUUACUCAAUCGACUAUAUGGAAGCGCUCUCUAAGGAUGAUCCAGUCUUGAGCAGCAUCAACACAGUCGAUGGCUAUGAGGCACUUGAAGUAGCGGAUCUCCAACAGCUGAGCACAUUCCUUCGAAUCGAUGGUAAAGAAAAGCAAUAUGGCAACUUGUACAAAACCAUAACGAAAACAGGCUAUGUCAAAUGGGUUUGUUUCGAACACUGUCGCUUGACGUAUAAGGAAAGAGAACAGAGGGUGUUUGUGGAUGCAGUCAAACUAAGUGGCGGCAAUUAUGACCCGCAAGUUGCUAAAGCCACUAUCACAUUGAAAUCAAAAGAGAAAUCUAAAGGAUUCUUCGAUGCUCUGGCUAAUGCAGGACGUGUUUAUGAACUGGAUAUCACAUUCAACUGGGACUGGACCGAGGCAGAUCUUGAAGCAUUUGGGAAUGCACUAAAGAAGUCAACUGUAUCGAUUCUUCGACUGAAACUUGGGCAGCUUCGACAAAGUAUCAACAAGUUCUUUACAGUAGUCAAAGCAUUCCUGCGGUAUGAAGGAGUUGUUCACAUCAUGGAACUGGGCAAUACGAAGAAGAUUCAUAUCAUUCUAUCUCCAGAGCUCGUAAAGCUUUCCAGUUUACAACCUAAAAGACUGUCAUACCCACACAAGUUAACCAUGGAGAUGAGACCUCGAAAGAUCGAAGCCAAUGUAUUUCAGGAUCUUGCAAAUGCACUCAAGACCAACACGACUUUGAUCGCCUUGGGCUUGGAAGACAACUCAAUUAGGAAGGAAGGAGCUCGGGUGCUGUCAGAGGCACUUAAGGUCAAUACGAUUUUGACCACUCUGAGACUGAAGGGCAAUAUGAUUGGGAAAGAAGGGGCUCUUGCACUAUCAGAAGCGCUCAAGGUUAAUACCGCUUUAACCUUUUUGGACUUGGAGGGCAACUCAAUUGGAAAAGAAGGAGCUAUUGCGCUGUCAGAGGCACUCAAGGUCAACAGAGCUUUGACCUCUAUGAAAUUGGCGAGUAACUCAUUAGGAAGAGAGGGGACACUGGCAUUGUCAGAGGCACUCAAGGCCAACAACACUUUAACCACUCUUGACUUGGAGGGUAAUUCAAUUAUGAACGAAGGAGCUCAAGCACUGGCAGAGGCACUCAAGACCAACGCAACUUUGACCACUAUGAAGUUGAUGAGCAACUCAAUUGGGGAUAAAGGAGUCCUUGCCCUGUCAGAGGCGCUCAAGACUAAUGCGGCUUUAACUACUUUGGACUUGGAAGGCAACUCAGUUGGGGAUGAUGGAGCCCUUGCACUUGCAGGAGCACUCAAGAUCAACACGACAUUAAACAGUUUGUACUUGUGGCGCAACUCAAUUGGGGAUAAAGGGGCCUCUGUCCUAUCAGAAGGGCUCAAGACUAACACGGCGUUAACCGCUUUGGAUUUGGAGGGCAAUUCAAUUGGGGACAAUGGAGCUCUUGCACUUUCAGAAGGUCUCAAGGCUAACAAGGCUUUGACCACUAUGAGCUUGAUGGGCAACUCAGUUAAGGCCAAAGGAGCUCUUGCUCUGUCAGAGGCGCUCAAGAUCAAUACGUCUUUAACCACUUUGAAGUUGGGAAAUAACUUAAUCGGGGUUGAAGGGGCUCGGAGACUAUCAGAAGCACUCAAGGUCAACACAACUUUGACCACUUUGUACUUGUUGCUCAACUCAAUCGGAGAUGAAGGAGCCCUUGUACUGUCUGAGGCACUAAAAACCAAUGCGGCUUUGUCCACUAUGGACUUGAGUCAGAACUCGAUCGGGAAUAAAGGGGCUCUUGCAAUUUCAGAGGCACUCAAGGUUAACAAGGCUUUGACCACUAUAAACUUGAACGACAACUUGAUUGGGGCCGAAGGAGCUCAGGGACUGUCGAUGGCACUCAAGGCCAAUAUGACGUUGACCACUCUGAGGUUGGGAAAGAACCUAAUUAGAGAUGAGGGAGCUCGGGGACUGUCAGAGGCGCUCAAGAUCAAUAGGAAUUUGACCAAUUUAUACCUGUGGGGCAACUCAAUUGGAGAUGAAGGAGUCCUUGCACUAUCUGAGGCACUCAAGGUUAACGAGGUUUUGACCACCAUGGACUUGAGUCAGAACUCGAUUGGGAAUAAAGGAGCUCAGGCACUGUCAGAAGUACACAAGGUCAAUCCGAAUUUGAGUCUCGCUUAAUGAGAGACGUCUUGGUGGAUAAUCAAGCAGCCUUGAUGCUGUCGGGAGUGCUCAACAUUGUUUAACGGAAAUAAGGCUGAAGAAACUAAGUAAAAAUACCCUAGUAAUGUGAAUUAAAUAAAUGACUGACUUCAUGGAUCCCUUUCCAAAGACAGCACAGA